AAGAAAUGGGUGCACUUUACGUAAACCCUUUUGCUUUCCUUACCGUCAGAUUUCUAACAUGGCUCAAGGAUUUCCUACACCACCGCCAACGACUGAAACAGAAUUUCUGGACGAGGCUAGAGAUUCUGUUGCAUCGACAUCCGCAAUAUCCAAUAUCGUACCUCCUCCAGUCGUCCUUGCAAGCAACUUGAACAGUGGUCCAGAUGUCUACCAAGAGAUAUUCACCCACAUAGCUGAUCUGGCAUCUCAGGGCAAUUUCGAAGAGCUCAUACAGGUUGCUGAGCUUCAUGACCUCCAUGGUGAAAAUGAUGCCAGUUACACCCGAUUGCUCCUUACUGCACCCCUAGUUCUCGCCUAUCUUAUCAGAGAUGACUUAAUUCCCGCUCAGUAUGCCCUCACACGGCUACCAGAGAAUCUACAAACAGUCUCGUUGUCAGGAUCCCUAAUGAGCAUUCUAGCAUCCACUCAGGAGAGGAAAUACGAGGAUGUCUAUUCCCGUGCACAAAAUCUACACCAUAAAGCACAACAGUCAGAUUUUCUCGAUGAAAAGCUAGGUUCCCUCGUGGCUACUCUCAUAACCACAUUUAUCGAUUCUUUCCGUCGGAGAACCUUCACACUAUUAUCUCGUGCCUACAGUUCAAUUUCUGUCGCACUUGCACAGAAGUAUCUUGGUGUUGGGCAAGAACAACUCCUCUCAGUCGCUAACAGUAGCGGCUGGCGCUAUGACGGCUCGGAUCAGCUCCUAUAUCCCACCACCACAAAUAUUGAAGCUUCAACUGGCAUACAAUUUUCAGCUUCCUCCCUGGACACAUUUCACGUCGUGGCCGACGGGGUAACGAAAUUGGAAGCAUGAAAGCAAUAACCAGUGCUAUCGCUGCAUCACAAAUGCAUUCUGCAGUACCUGCAUGCAGUUGAGUGUACACUGGUCGAGUGAUGUGUAGUCUGUCCCUUGUAAUCUAGCCGUUGAAGAAAGGAAAGGAUGAGUAGCAUAUAUCACCGUGUUUUCUUGAACGGCAACGGUAAGCGCCUAAGAAGGGGCCUCGGCUUGGUAGUUGUCUUUGCGUGAAGUCGAUUGAGAUAUAUGGAGGAAUACAUGAUAUCUUGCCUCAUGUAACGUAGCAACCAUUCGACAUUGUUGGGUUCUGGACACUCCAGCAAGUGUAUAGGCGGUAGUCGGGCUCUUCGAUGACCAAAGUGAUGAAAAUUGGACCAUUCACGGGCAGUCUGAUGAUGUGCAACAUGCCUUGCCCUUCCAUCAUUUUGGGCAUCACUCCCAACGCCCAACAUGGACACAGCCUCAUCAUCGAUGACGCCGCCCCCUUCGGCGUUCAGAGCCUCUUUCUCCGCUUUCUUUAACAGGUUUUCAACCUCAUUCUCGCCAGACCUGUCGAGAUUGUAACGCUCUGCGACUGCACGAACCAUCUCUUCAUCAUGCUUGAUGGAGUUCGAGCGUCUCGAUCGCUGCCAGUUGAGCUCGUGUUGUCUGAGAGUCUUGUGUGCAUGCUUGAAUGUCUCCAUCCUCUCCAUAAUAAAUAGUUUUAAUCGAUCAAGCUCUCCCCAGCCUGCUAUGAACCGAAUGUGCAGAUUUUUCGUUUUUGAAAGGUCAGAGCGAACGACAGGUACCCCAAAGAGAAAACCACCCCCUGUCCAACCCGGAAAUAUGCUGAGUGGACGGUGUCCUGGAGGCCAUGCAGGUGUGUCGCCCAUCGCAAGACUAAAGAAUUUCGCUAUGGGCGAUAUAUUCCUGGCAUAGAUUGCUUGACUAAACGAAGUAAUGUAGCAGACAAUGUGUUGCCUCUCGUUGAGGCGUUGGAGUACGAGGCAGUAUUUACCAAUGCCAGAAGCUUCGCGAUGUAGUCGUCGCUUGACCCCUUUUUCUUGACUGGUCAGCACAAAUCCAUUCCGCUCUAGUAAUUCAUAGAAUGCGCCAUGUAUUCCGCCGUGCCCAUCGACGUGAGCUAUUUCUCCAGGUUCAAAUUGACUCAAAGCUUGCUUUCUUUCCUCUGGAGACAGAUUAAAUCUCCGUGCAAUGCUUUUCGUGCGUUUGUUAAUUUCGAAUGUAUAUGCCAGAUGAAGUCGAUCCCAGUAAGAUGUGGUUCCAAGCAUGUGCUCAAGUUAU